AUGCUUGCUUUCACCAAACUCAUGCAGCCAGCCCUUCUGCUGGCACUUCUCUGCGUGCUCGCAGCCGCUCUUCCUGCGGAUCAGGGAGCCAAUCUUAACAAGCGACUGGUAUCCAAAUUGAUGCCUAUGCAGAGACCUAACAGCUAUGAAUCUCAGAGCAUACAGCAGGGCAAACGAUCGCUCCUCGGUGACAGGCCUCCGCGAUGGCGAAAUGGCAAACGACAAGAUAAUCUGGCUCUGGCUCUUACUCUCGAUGAUGAGACCUCAUCCCAGUUGGCUCUAUCGGCAUCGGCGUCAGCAUCGCUUAGUUGA